CAUUUUCUAUUCCCUUCCUAUUGGUAGCCUCUGCGCCAUUUCCAUGGCUAGUCCCGGCGGCGCCGCCCUCCACCGCCACGCAGCCGUGGCUGUGCUUCGCGCGGCGGCGGCUGCCGGCGAACUAUGCACAGGCAAGGCAAUCCACGCGCAGAUGAUUAGAGCCGCCCAUUUCGACGUCAUCCAGCACAACCACCUCAUAGCCUUCUACGGUAAGUGCGGCCGCCUCGGCCUUGCCCGCCAGAUGUUCGACGCAAUGCCCUCCCGGAACGCUGUCUCCGGGAACCUCCUCAUGUCCGGCUACGCUUCCGCCGGGCGCCACAGCGACGCGCUCGCGCUGCUCAAGGCGGCCGACUUCAGCCUGAACGAGUACGUCCUGUCGACGGCUCUGUCCGCGGCGGCCCAUGUCCGGAGCUACGGCAUGGGGAGGCAGUGCCAUGGAUAUGCUGUCAAGUCUGGGUUACAGGAGCACCCUUACGUUUGCAACGCGGUGCUGCAUAUGUACUGCCAGUGCGCCCACGUCGAGGAUGCAGUGAAGGUGUUUGAGAAUGUGUCUGGUUUCGAUAUCUUCGCGUUCAACUCAAUGAUAAAUGGGUUUCUUGAUCUGGGGGAGUUUGAUGGCUCGAUACGUAUUGUGAGAAGUAUGGUCGGAGAAGUUGAGCAAUGGGACCAUGUGUCGUAUGUCGCAGUUCUUGGCCAUUGUGCUAGCACGAAGGAGUUGCUGCUUGGUUGUCAAGUGCAUGCCCAGGCAUUGAAGAGAAGGCUCGAGCAGAAUGUGUAUGUGGGGAGUGCACUUGUUGACAUGUAUGGGAAAUGUGACUGUGCCCGUGAUGCUCAUUCUGCUUUCGAGGUUUUACCGGAAAAGAAUGUUGUUUCUUGGACAGCUGUUAUGACUGCUUAUACCCAAAAUGAGCGGUUUGAAGAUGCAUUGCAGUUGUUCUUAGACUUGGAAAUUGAAGGAGUCCGACCUAAUGAGUUCACUUAUGCGGUGGCUCUCAACAGUUGUGCUGGUCUUGCAGCCUUGAAAAAUGGCAAUGCACUUAGUGCCUCUGCUAUGAAAACUGGGCAUUGGGGUGCUCUGUCUGUCUGUAAUGCCCUGAUGAACAUGUACUCAAAAAGUGGCAGCAUCCAUGAUGCAUGGAGAGUCUUCCUUUCUAUGCCAUGGCGAGACGUGGUCUCUUGGAAUUCGGUCAUAAUAGGCUACGCUCAUCAUGGUCUUGCAAGAGAAGCCAUGUGUGUAUUUCAUGAUAUGUUGCUCGCCGAAAUAGUCCCGUCCUAUGUGACCUUUGUUGGCGUGCUGUUAGCUUGUGCUCAGUUGGGUCUUGUAGACGAAGGAUUGUACUACUUGAACAUUAUGAUGAAGGAAAUGGGAAUAAAACCUGGAAGAGAACAUUACACUUGCAUGGUUGGUUUGCUGUGCAGAGCUGGACGGCUAGAUGAGGCAGAACAAUUCAUAUUGAGUAAUUGCAUUGGCACAGAUGUUGUUGCAUGGAAAUCACUUUUGAGUUCUUGCCAGGUAUAUAAAAACUAUGGUCUGGGUCAUCGAGUAGCUGAGCAGAUCCUUCAGUUGAAGCCCAAUGAUGUAGGAACCUAUGUUUUGCUUUCUAACAUGUAUGCAAAAGCAAACCGAUGGGAUGGUGUCGUUAAGGUCCGGAAGCUGAUGAGAGAGAGGGGUGUUAGGAAAGAGCCUGGUGUUAGCUGGAUUCAAGUAGGAAGUGAGGUCCAUGUUUUCACAUCAGAGGACAAGAAUCACAAGUGGAUAAACCAGAUUACCAUAAAACUCAAAGAGCUAAUAGGCCAGAUUAAAGUGAUCGGAUAUGUUCCCAAUUGUGCGGUUGUCCUACAUGAUGUUGAGGCUGAACAAAAGGAAGAACAUCUUAUGUAUCACAGUGAGAAAAUGGCUCUUGCAUUCGGCCUUAUUCACAGCCCUGAGGGAGAAACUAUCCGUAUCAUGAAAAAUCUCAGGAUAUGUGAUGAUUGCCAUGUUGCUAUCAAACUAAUAUCAGUUGUGACAAGACGAAAAAUAGUUGUAAGGGAUACUGUUCGGUUUCAUUGUAUAGAUGAUGGAGUGUGCUCAUGUGAUGACUAUUGGUGAUUCAUACCAUAGUUAUCAGAAGCUGGUAACGGAGCCCCUUGAGUCGGUUCCAGAGCAUACAUGUGAAGUUCUGGACAUCAAAAUGGUAUGUCAUCUUAUUUUUUACAAUAGAGUUAGAAUCUGUAAAUAUGUGAAGGAUUACUGGAUCAAACGUACUGUGUAUAACACUAGUUUACAUACAUACACCGGUGAAGUUCUACAACUGCAUGUUUUCCACACACUGAACUUUACUUUGAUGAUGAAGUUUGUCAACUAAUUAUCAGUCAUCAACUUAAAUAAACUAAUACUAGAGAUAUAUCUGUACAGAUGUCUAUUUCCACAGAAUUUCUAGAGCUGUUCAUUUUUAUGAGGGCAGGUAAAUUUAUUUUUGCACAUACUGUUCUUCCUUCAGUUAGCUGCUAGGGGCAGCAACUUGAUUUUUUCUCACUCUCCUAAAUGUUGCAUGAUGCUCUCUACAAGGUGAAUUCUGUUCCCUACGAGCAGAAGUUGCCGUGUAGGUUCGAGUAAAAAUCACAAGGAUACAUGCUCCUCUAUACACGGUGGCCACAGUUUGUUGCUUCUGCAUGUAGUUUUUCAGCAGAAAUUGGCCCUCUUCUCACGUGGAGGUUUCCCAGCAAGCAUGUUGCUCAUCAGCUGUAUACAUGAACAGGUUAUUUGUAUGUGUGUCAUCUGCUGAGCUAACAUGUUAUUUUCUGAAAGCCUGUCAUGUUUCUUCCGUGCUAGAAAUGUGAACUAUGUUAAUCUGAAUCCACAUAUUUUCUGAAAGCCUGUUCAUAAUUGAAGUACUUGCCUGCAGAGAUGCUGUACUGUUUGCUAGGGCGAAUGGCUAUGGCAUAAUAGAGAUUGUAACACAGGCUCUGGUCUAAGCAUGGCACACUCAUAUGAAGCAGUGAUUGGUGUGUGUCCAGAUAUUCAGGGAGAUGAAAGUUGCAGUCUCCGACCUUCAGCGAUUCAGGCUCAGUUUCACUCGCUGUGAAGGAAAUAUAGCAGCAGAUGUGUGCGCACAUGAGCCUCUUAGUUUGGUUUUGCCUGUUAAGAACUUUGUAGUUAUCCCUGUUUUUGUGGUGAGCUUGUUCGAUCAGAACGUAUGUUGUCAAUGGAAUAAAAUGCCAAGGGUGAUUGUCAAAAAACAAAAAGAUACACCAAAGAAGGUUCUGCUUCAUUUUUGUUCUGACACCAGGAUAUAUGGCAGGGAAUGGAUAAAAUCUUCCUGAUACCACAAGCUGAAGCGGAUCUAUCUUUGCACAAAUUUGGACCUAGACUAUUGAAGAGAAGGAUCAUAAAGCUAUUUCGCCUGAUUCUGUUCGGUUUGUUGUGGAAGGAUCUCAACUGAAGGAGAAGAAGAGGCAUCCACACAACUUAACAUGGCACAAACGGGGCUCCUACACAAAUUGCCUUUGAACCCGAGGCGGGUAGUACAUGUUCUUCCUAUGUUUGAUACUGAUUGACAGUACAUAGAACAAAGCCGAGACAUGAACAAGGCCGACCAGUUCAGCUCAGUGGUUCUGGUCUCACCCAUGUGCUGGUUAAAACACUCCUGAGACCCGAGGUCCGAAGUGCGGUCCAGCUCGGCUCAUCGGAUGAUGCCAUCAUCAUGAUGGUAUCGGCCCCCGGUGUGGUGCCCGAUGAAGAGCACUUUGAAGAAGGCCGAGUUUACCCCGGUGAUGGCGGUCCUCUCUGCUGUCUGUUAGAGGAAGAGCUCUGCGCCGAUCAGAAUGGCAUAUAUAGGAGGCGAUGCAGAGAUACCCGUCACAUGCAUUCCAGCGGAAGUUAUGGUAAUCUAGAGAAGAGUAAUAGGUAAGUAUGUCUUUGUUAUGGAGUAAUUAUGAAUCAUGCAUGUGUUGCCUAUAUCAGCAUAAUAUCAUGCCAUCAUAAAUCGUGUCCUAUUUAUAUAUUUUGCUUGCCUUUUAACGCCAUCCUGUAUCUAGAGAGUCGUCACUUGUGAACCUGUGCUACACCCUAUGCCUCAUUUCCCCCAUGAGUAUCCCCAGGAUAAACAGAGCUAGCUAGUGAAAUGAAGCCUCACGAUUACAACGAGCCCCGGGGGAAUCUAUACCUCCAGUGCAUCUGGCAACCUGUGCGCCAGAGAAGCCACGCCAAGAUUGAUCUUUCUCCGGCCCGGCGGGCGCACGUACGUGGAUCUGAUUCACCCACCCGCCGUGAGACACCAUGCCGGGUUCAGCCGUCAGACUCUCAGAGCCAGAGUCUGGGUGGAUCGGUAAUUAACUGACCAAUUAAACAGCAAGUAAUUCUCUUCAGAUUAAUUAAACUGGCUCCUUUGACCAUGAGGAAGCUGGAGCUUAAUUUCAUUCAUCAAGAGGCAUGGCAUCAGCCAAAUGAGGGGUUACAAGAACGUAAACGGCGCACUCAGGGCUCUUUACCAGCAAUCAAGUUUCGACAACUAGAGCUAAUUAUACUAGCAUGCAUGAUCCGUUCCGACUUCCAUAUAUGCAUGGGCAUGCCGUAAAAGCCAGGCCACAUGAUGCAUUUCUGUUUGUGUUUGCAAAUGAUGACGGCCGUGUAUGUGUAUCUAUGAGCCAUGUGUGUGUAGAUGUGGAAUCUGCUUCUCCGUUGUAACGAAAGCAAUCCGAUUCCCUACGAAAUUGAUAAACUGUCCCUUCGCUACUA